AUGGAGGUCAAAGCCCCACACGUGUCAUGCUAUGCUGUGGCCACUUUGUUCCUGGUGGCCCUCUCAGUGAUUCCAUCUCAUGGUUUGGAGAUGCUGUCAGUACCAACCUCCAUCACUGUCAAUCCAGGCGAUGAUACAACAAUUGUAUGUAACUUUAUGAGCGAACCUGAAGAGAAGGUGGAGAUCACCUGGUUUCUGUACCAGAAAGUAGUGGACAGAUCAGAAAAUAACACUUGGCUGUAUACAAACGUAAGUUCCUUAAUGGACCGUACAAAGGAUCUGCAGAUCAAGAACGUACGCAAGAAUCAGAAUGGCUUAUAUAAGUGCCAGUUGACUGUGAAUAAUAUGACCUACGGUUCCUGUGGAACCUACCUGAGAGUGAAAGAUUCUCCAGUCUACCUCUUUUUUAAUGUCGGAGAGGCUACAAAGAACAGAAUAAUCACAGCUGAGGGCAUACUGUUGCUGUUUUGUGCCAUCAUACCCGGGACCUUCCUGCUGUACAAGAAACGCUUUGAAAAUAUAUCCUCGAUGUCUCUGAAGCAGUCGGAAGGAGAAAAUCUUUAUGAGGGACUUAAUCUGGAGGACUGCUCAAUGUAUGAAGACAUCUCCCGUGGUCUACAAGCCACCUAUGAGGAUGUGGGCUCCCUACGGGCCGGUGACAUCCAGCUAGAGAAGCCUUGAAUGAUGGCACUGCCAGGACAAGCUGAAGCACAGCAAAGAAUGGAU